CACAACUGCACAAGUUCCUUUCUUCUUCAUAGCUCGCAGCCGCUGUUCCUGCAACUUCUUGUUUACACGCGCUGCCGUCAACUCCAUUGCCAAACCACUGGAAUCAAAAGUCCCCUUUAAAACCCCAAUCCAAAGAUGCAGCACGAUGAGGUUAUAUGGCACGUUAUCAGGCACAACCAUUGUAGUUUCAUGGCCAAAAUUACGACGGGGAAUUUUUGUAGAAACCCUUACAAUGUUACUGGACUUUGCAAUCGAAGCUCAUGCCCCUUAGCUAACAGUCGCUAUGCUACUAUACGAGAGGAAAAUGAUGUAUUGGCCUAAGCUUCUUAUACACAAAACAAAGCAACGAUUGACCAAAAUGACCCAGAUGCGGAUACGCAUGAGGAAACUUGCGUUGAAGACAAGGGAGAAAAUAAUGACAACUCCAAGGAAGGAGAUAAAGAGAGAGGCUAGAAGACAAGAGAAGGCUGAAAAGGCAGCUUUGUUAGAAAAGUCUAUUGAGAAAGAGCUACUGGAGCGCCUUCAAAAAGGAGUUUAUCAACAAAGUGACAUUUACAAUUAUCCUAUUGAACAAUACAAUAAAGUUCUUGAUAUGGACAACCUUCAACCUGCUGAGGAAGAGGAGGAGGAAGCAGAGAUAGAGUAUGUGGAAGGUUAUGAUGAACUUGAAGAGGAAGAUGACAUGGAGGAUUUUGUUAAUUUUAGAAUUGAUGAUGCUGGUGAUGAUGACAAUGAUGAAAAUGCUGGAAGCUCUGAAGAUGAAGAGGCAGAAGCAGCUGCUCAGAGAAGGGUGAAACGGAAGAAUAAGUUAGCUUCAAUGAAAUCUGAGAAGGAUUCUGUUGAUCUUAAAUCAAAGAAGGCAAAGGUCCUUGUUGAGGUUGAGCGUGAUGAUGCCGAUGAAAGACAAAGGGAGGUAUCAGUACGGUAGUUGCACUUGGUGACUCGGCACUGGUCAUUCAUAGGAGAGGAAAGGAGAGGUGCGAUAGGAGAAACAAAAUUUUGGUUCAGUUUUAUUAGUUUGUUUUGUACCCAGACGAGAAGAAAGCGCAGAAAUUCAUUUUUCUUUUUUAUUUUUAAUUUUAUUUCCAACUUUUGAAGGGCAGUGUUGUCAAAUUUCAUAACACGAGUCUAGGUUGGUUGGAAAUUGGAAUGGCAUGGAGCUUCAGCAUCUCAAUCCAAUGUUGGUCUCCGUUAUAUGACGGGGAGUAAUGGUGUACUAGAAUCUUGGAUAACAUGUAACGUGGUGUUUGACUGUUUGCUAUAUUUAGAUCCCUUAAUACUAUGUACCAAAACAAAGCUGAGACUCCUUAAGGUAAGACAUGUUAUAUUUUACUAAUAUGAAUGAAUACAAACUCUCUUGGAAAAGUA